GCCCGGCUCUCCGAGGAGGCCCGGCUGCGACCCGGGCCGCGCGCACUGAGGAGCUACGAGGUUCUGCUCGCGGCCGCUUCUCCUAGUCCCGGCUUUCAGCUCAGUCGCUCCCGCCGGCUCCGGGCUCGCCGGCUGGCGGGGAGUGGCCUCAAGAUGGACGAAGGCGGUGGCGGUGAGGGCGGCAGCGUGCCUGAAGACCUGUCAUUAGAAGAGCGAGAAGAACUUUUGGACAUUCGUCGAAGAAAAAAGGAACUUAUUGAUGACAUUGAGAGGCUGAAAUAUGAAAUUGCAGAAGUGAUGACAGAGAUUGAUAAUUUAACUUCAGUGGAGGAGAGCAAAACUACUCAGAGGAACAAGCAAAUAGCCAUGGGAAGAAAGAAAUUCAACAUGGACCCCAAAAAGGGCAUUCAGUUCUUAAUUGAGAAUGACCUGCUGCAGAGCUCCCCAGAGGAUGUUGCCCAGUUUCUCUACAAAGGAGAGGGCCUGAACAAGACCGUCAUUGGAGAUUACCUGGGUGAGAGGGAUGAUUUUAAUAUCAAAGUUCUUCAGGCUUUUGUUGAGCUUCAUGAGUUUGCUGAUCUCAACCUUGUCCAGGCCUUAAGGCAGUUUCUAUGGAGUUUCCGACUUCCUGGAGAGGCACAGAAGAUCGACCGCAUGAUGGAGGCCUUCGCAUCAAGAUACUGCCUGUGCAACCCUGGGGUCUUCCAGUCCACAGAUACAUGCUACGUGCUGUCCUUUGCCAUCAUCAUGCUCAAUACCAGCUUGCACAACCACAAUGUGCGAGACAAGCCUACUGCCGAGCGCUUCAUCACCAUGAACCGAGGCAUCAAUGAGGGUGGGGACCUCCCUGAGGAACUGCUGAGGAACUUAUAUGAAAGUAUCAAGAAUGAGCCGUUUAAGAUCCCGGAAGAUGACGGGAAUGAUUUGACACACACGUUCUUCAACCCAGACCGAGAAGGCUGGUUGCUGAAGCUGGGUGGGCGUGUGAAGACCUGGAAACGGCGCUGGUUCAUCCUCACAGAUAACUGCCUCUACUACUUUGAAUACACUACGGACAAGGAGCCCAGGGGAAUCAUCCCGCUGGAGAACCUCAGCAUCAGGGAGGUGGAGGACCCCCGGAAACCGAAUUGCUUUGAACUGUACAACCCCAGUCACAAAGGGCAGGUCAUCAAAGCCUGCAAGACAGAGGCAGAUGGCCGUGUGGUAGAGGGGAACCAUGUUGUGUACCGGAUCUCCGCUCCCAGCCCUGAGGAGAAGGAGGAGUGGAUGAAGUCCAUCAAAGCAAGCAUCAGUAGGGACCCGUUCUAUGACAUGUUGGCCACGAGGAAAAGGAGGAUUGCCAAUAAGAAAUAGGUAAAUGCCAAGAUCCAGACUCCACAGCAGAUGCACCGGCUACUCACAAGCAGCGGGACGAGGGGCUGGUGUGGCACCCAUGGGUCUUCCAGAACAGCUAGCCAAGGCCCAAGCCCUGAGAGCCUCUUGCUGUCCUCAGGGAUGUUGGUCAGCUGUGCUUCCUUCCUGCCACCAUCCUGUCAUUGACCUUUAGGGACCCUUGGCCACACAGCACCUGGUGACAGCUUCAGGACCUGCACAGCCCACAUGGGACUCUUUUUCUGGAGCCAGAGCCUCAUCCACACCAUACCACACCUGCUCUUUUGGGCAGCACUAGCUGUUCUAGAAGUCGCUGUUUUUUUGUUUUUUUUUUGUUUUGUUUUUGUUUUUUGUUUUUGUUUUUGUUUUUUUUUUUUUAUCAAAAUGGGAAAGGAAAACCUACCACUUUUUUAUUCAGAAUUUUUCUCAGAUAUAUAGGAUUAUAGCUUUUAUAUGCCUUUUAUAUUCUGAAAAUUAUAAUGAAAGAUACUUAAUUUCUAACAGUAGUAUUUUUAGAAUGGCAGCUAUAAACUUAACUCUUGGACACAAGCAUAUACUGUGCACUGAACACAGACUAUAUAUGCAGUCCCCAAGCACUUGAGUUGGAGUGGCUGGGGGCCUGAUGUGUCCAGUGGGGCACAGGCGGCCACUCUGGGUGAUGAGGCACUGGAAGACCCCAGGUGUAGCUAGCUGCCACUCCCCUCACGUGCUUCUCUCAGCCAUUAAAAUACGGUUAUGGCUCGGGAUGCUUAUCCUGUCAGUGUUGAGGCCCAGGAGGUGAGAGUCGUUUCCCUGGAAACAGGCUGUUUGUGUUUAGAACCACAUGAAACGGUUUGACCUUUACACAUGACAGUUCUGUGUGGUCCAUCUGAACCUGGCUCAUGCUGUCUUCCAUACUUUCGUUGCUGGCUGUUUCAAACUUUUGGUUAAGUGCUCACUGACAUAGUAAUUAGAUCCAGUAUUUGAUGCAAUGACUAGGCACGAAUAGCCAGAAGUAACCCACCUAUCUUCUGGUAGUGCCAGGAUCUCCAACAUUUGGCAUCCCUUUGGAGGGGAAAGCUGAAGAGGGCCCCCAUUUAGGGAAGCCAGGGGCACACAGAGCCCUGUAUAGACCAGAUGUGGUUUCAGGGUGCCAUGUGCUUGGGCUGAGAGUGGGCAAGGUGAUCAGGCCUUUGCUGUUGCACUUCUGGGGAAGCCCACUCAAUUUGGAGGACCCUCUUGGGGCUACAUGUUUGGGGAAUGGCCUUCCCUGCCUGUUUCCCUGCUCUGUCUAUGCAGACACACCUGGAGCUUGCAUCCCAAGGGCCCUUGAAUGCACUUAGAUGUGAUAUGAUGUUCUGUGAGCUGUCACAAAGACUUAUUUUGGGCAGGGGGGAUGUCAAGGUUCUUGUACCAGACUGAUCACUCUUUGGUUUGUUCCCAAGCUUCUAGGCUUUUACUUUUACUAAUAAUACCUCAGAUCUGAAACCUUUGAGCUGCCUGGCCGGUGUGUGUAUGCAGCUUGGCUUCUAGUCUUCCACGAUCCCUACCCCAGCCUUCACCACCUCAGACCACAACUUGCUGCUGGUUGGGCAUCUGUGUGUGUGCGUGUGUGAGGUGGGGUGACUGACAAGCCUCCAUCAGGGCUCUGGUUAGUCUGCUUCUCAUGUCCAACCCCGGUAUGGUCCUGGGGAUACAGAGUUCUCUGUUGGAUGUUGAAGAUGUUAAGCAUGAGGCCAGGCCACCUGAUGGUGUCUUUGAGGGGACUUUGCCUUAUGGCUGUUGGUGCUAAGAAUCCUAAGUUACUGGCUCUCAGUGUCCAUAUGGAGUCACCUAACUCAGGUUAUGUUGUGACAGUAUUAAUCCCAAGGGCAUCUGGCUACUUCCAGGGCUUGCAAAGUCUCGGUCAUACUCAUGCCCUUUGUCUGCACUCAUCAUCAAAGCAUUAAGUCCUACUCUGGCCAAAGACAGUUUCCUGUCCUGCUGGGCCCUGGCCGUCAUUUUCAGGUGUAGGUAGACUGGCCCUGGAAGUAUCAGAACACUUGAGUGACAUGGUCCCACAGUCUACCUAGUGCAGUAUCCUUCUCUAUGCUUCUUGUCACGCCGAUUUUCAGAGCUACAGCUGUGCUAUGCUGGUCUGUUACAGACCAGAAACCACAAGUGAUUUCUUUUUAUCUUAGAAAACAUUUCUAUUUACAAUAGUUGCUAUGUAAAUAAUGUACAUAUGUAUUAAUUUCUGCAGUGUUUGUUACAUACAAUGUACAUAUUCCUACAACCUGCAUGAAGAAAUAUCCUAUUAAUGUAUCAGAAUUUUUGGCUAUUUUAUUGCAAAGCAAACAGCUAGUAACAUGGAGGGCUUACAGCUGUCAAAAACUAUUGCAAAUACUGUGUUCCCUAAAUAAAAACGUACUGCUAAAACAGAA